CCGUCCCACGAGGUCUCCUCUCUUUUUCUCCUCUUUAAUCCCCUCCCCGGGGUCUCCUCUCUCUCCGGCUGCGAAACCAACGACGGCACCCCAAACCGCCUCCGCCUCCGCCGCCGCUUCCGCUUAACCUCCUCGCUCUCCUUGACCCCCCCGCCUUUCAAUCGGGCGCGGCCGUUCGGGGUUCGCGUUUUUAUCGGAUCGCCUCGUUCGUUCCCUCCCCUCCCCUCCCCUUCGCGCGGUUCUUUGCCGCGCCGCGGGGGUUCCGUUCCGUCGUGGAGCGGCUGGCCCCGGAGCCGGAGGCCAAGGGGCGUGGACGGUGGAGGGUAAUCCGUGGUGUUGAGGGAGCCUUGGUGAGGUGGUGGUUCGGGCUCUCGCGGCGGCGUCUUCCAUGGGGGAGAGGCGGUCCGGCUACAGGGACAGAGGGGGCGGCGAGCAGGGAAGGUAUUGGAGGCCACCGCGCUCUCACGGAAAUGGAAAUUUCUCAGUUCCAUUGUGGGAAAAGAAAUUUUGCACUGAUGCUUGUGCAAUCCCAUGGGGUAAACUCUGUGAAACCAAGAAAUUGAUGUCAUUGUACAAAAAUGUGGUUGACUGGGAUGAUUCAGCUGCAUUAGAAACUUUCAACGAUGCAAAAGCUCGUUUCUGUGCUGUAUACCAUGGCCAACCUUGUGAUAUCCCGUUACCUGACCCAAACAUGUAUAUUGACAUGGUUAACCAAGAUGAACAUGUUGAUCCUGAAUUGGUGGCCGACCUUGAGAAAUCGCGGCGUUCUUAUCCCAAAAGGGAUAAUACAGCUCCUGAUGGCUGGGACUCCUUUAUAUUUACAAACAAGCCAGUUCCAGCCACAGGGUGGGGUGAUGGGGAAACAAGCAACACACCUGGUCAGCAAUACCCUACGAACUGGAAUAAUCACGUGAAACAGCCGACUGAAGCAAAUUGCAUGCAAAGUUCAGUAAAUUGGGAUAAUUAUGUCAGCCAGCCUCCUCAAGCAACAGUUCAGCAAAGCUCGGGAAAUUGGGACAUGUAUGUUAAACAACAAGAUCAAGCUAAUAACUGGGAGGCACCAACCAUGCCUGGCACCUGGGACAUGAAGGGUGACUCUCUGGAUGCAUGGAAGCGUGAUUCCGGCUGGGGUUCUGCAGCUAUAGAUUCAUGGGACAACCAUAGAGAGAACUGUUAUGUACCUGACAGCCAGGGCUGGUCUUACGGUCACUGGAAAAGGCGAAACAAUGAGUCGAGCAGAAGGAAUAGCAGGGGUAGAGAUAGAGUUGGUCCCAUUAGCUCAAAGGCCAUGAAACCAAAGUACCAUUCUGAGGAGCGUAAUGGUGCUAAUAAUGGCUGGAGGCACUGCCGAGUUAGAAAUAACAUGCAGUACUCCUAUGAGAAUCCUGGUUGCAACCAGUCACUAGCAAUGUGAGGAAGUGCAUUGGACAGAAAAUGAGGACCCGUGUAGGUUAUGUUUCCUUUUUUCUUGAAGUUUUUGUAGAUAGUACGAACCACCACAAACCUAGAGUGACGAUUUUGUCUAGCCAUUUGCAUGCCCGUUGUACAUAUCUAUAUCUAUGUAUAUGUUUUUGAGCUCAGUCAUUUUUGUUUACUGGCUGUAUUGCAGCUUCAUUGUUGCAAAGUGGGAAUUAAUUAAGAUGGUGUCUGUUCAACUAUUUCUUGUGUGGUGGUUUUGGCCGGUUUUGAAUUGUUAGGGGUAUAUAUUGUUCCUAUGUUGUAUUGUUGUGUCAAAGUUUCCAUCAUGCUAUAAACGGUCCUCGAAUGAAUUCUGAAA